AUGAAACUCCACCUCCUUCGCGGGGCGUUGUUCAAUAAGCACGCCGUAUUGCACGUUCACCUCCCCGAUUUCCUCCAGUUGCGUGAGUUUGCUGUCGAGGAACUGGGAAACCUUCGCGAGGUAGCUCUCGAUGUUCGCCAGAUGCUUCUGCGCGCUUUGCCGCAGCGUCUGUUUGAGCACCUCGGUGAGUUUGAAGAGGUGCUCAUCCACGACGCCUUUGAUGCUUGCCGUGCAAAGGGUGAUGCAGCCGCACUUAAUAAAAAGAUCCUCGCUGUUGAUUUCUUUUCCUUUUUGCUUGAGCAGCCGGAUCGCUUGCUCCCAGUGCUGCACCUCGGAGAGGGUGCCGGCGACGAUCUCCUCCAAGGUCGGAUUCCCCGCCCUCCCGCAGCAGCCGAUUACCAGCAUUGGCGAGAAGCGCUUCAGCUCCGCCUGGAGUUUGCGAAAAAGCUGAGAGGCGUGCUGCAUCGCGGAGAAGAUGCUCUGCUCGUUUCGCGCGGGCAUAUCCUGGAAGAUUACUGA